UAUACCAAACAUCAAGGAUAGUCUGUGUCAAGAAGAAAACCAGUAAAUCUGACAAUCCUGCAUAUCAUCUGUAGCAGUGGAAGAAAAUGUCAUCUUGAACUUGAGAAAAUUUUAGUGUAUUUGGAAAGCAUGUCUGAGCAACCAGAUACUGUUCUAUUUCAUUGCCAGCAAUGUGGGAUGCGCUUCAACUGUUUGAGUGAUAUAAUACAACAUAUGCAAACUCAUACAGAUGGUAAACCCUUUCAAUACCUGCAAUGUGAUGAGCGUAUUAGUCAGGCUGAUAAUAUAAAACAGCAUAUGCAAAUACACACAGAUGAUGAACCAUUUCAUUGCCAGCAAUGUGAUAGGCGUAUAAGUGGGGCAGAUAAUUUUAAAAAGCAUCUGCAAGUACACGCAGGCGAAAAACCAUUUAAAUGUCAACAUUGUGAGCUGAGUUUUCGUUGGGCAAGCCAUCUGAAAUAUCAUGCAUUAACACAUACAGAUGUGAAACCAUUUCAUUGCCAAGAGUGUGAAAUGAGUUUUGGUCUAUUACGUUAUCUGAAACAGCAUAAAUUAUCACAUACAGGUGUGAAACCCUAUCAAUGCCAACACUGUGGAAAGAGAUUUUAUCGGUUUAUUGAUCUUAAACGGCAUAUGUUAGUACAUGCAGGAUAUCACUGGUGCACUGUCAUCUACAGUUUUGGUAUGAUUAUUUGA